AUGGAACACCGCGUAGAAAAAAACGCCCUCGCGAUUUUCUCCGAGGCGCGCCUCGUAUCCGACCAUCUGGCGAGCGACGGGAGCACUAAGGUGAUGCUGGGCGGCGCGGGCGAGCCCGGGGGCGGCGAGCUGCUCACCGUCACCGUGGUGCGCGACGAGCACGGCUACGGCAUGAAGGUCUCCGGCGACAACCCGGUAUACGUGCAGUCUGUAAAGGAGCACGGCGCCGCAUGGCGCGCCGGGCUUCGAGCCGGCGACCGCAUCCUGUGCGUGGAUUCCGUGCACGUCUACCAGCACACGCACCAGCAGGUGGUGCACAUGAUACGAGCGAAACCGACCACAGUGUUGACGGUCCAGCAGAACAGCUCACGCAACAAGACACCCAUCACCGCACCACUGCCAGUUAACCCGGAAAAUCAGAGGCAGCUGGAAGAGUCCAAGGUGUUGACGAUGAAGCUCAUGCUGCAGAAGGAACAGAAAUACAUCAGGGAGUUGCGAAAUGAGGUUCAGAAAGUCCCCGACGUGAGGAAGCAGGCUCAACUAGAGGCGGCGAUCCAACGUUGCUCCAAACUCCAACACGAAAUCGACACGAUAAUGGCUGCUCAGGGGGAGUCCCCGUCCGGCCCGCACGCCGCCCCGGGCACCCCGCGCGCCGGCUUCCUCAGCGGGCUGCCGCGCUCGCUGAGCAACCUCACCGGCCAGAGCCUGCGCAACCUGCGCCAGGCGCGCGCCCGCCACGACGCGCCCCUCGCGCCCCUCGCCCCGCUCGCCCCGCUCUCGCCCCUCUCGCCCCUCUCGCCCCCCGCGCACUCGGCGAACACCGUGCCGCUGGUGCCCACCACGUGCCUCGACAACGCGCCGCCCCCCCUCCCGCCGAGGUCCACCGAGCGCCCCAAGCCCCCCAACCCGACGAAGCGCCCCCCCUCCUACAAGGAGCAGCAGCAGUUCCUGAACGCGCCCUACGACCCGAAGCUGAGGCGCUCCUCGCACUCGCUGGACGGCGAGCUGGAGGGCCCGCAGCCCAACUCGAUAGCGCUGCAGAUGAGCUACCCGCUGAUCAACGUGCCGCCCCCGCCGCUGCAGGGUGGAGGGGGCGGUUCGGGGUGCAUUUUCGGGACGGGGGGCGUGGCGGGGGCGAUGGCGGGGGCGGGGGCGGGGGCGACGGCGGGGGCGGGGGCGGGGGUGGUGAAGCACGCGCGGAGCCAGUCCUCCCCGGACCACCUGCAGCACACGCCGUCGCCGCCGAGCGCGCCCCGAGAGCCGCCCGGCACCCCGCCGCCGCCCUACGCGCACAACACGCAGCCUUGCGUCGAUCCACAAAGAGCUAUCAUAUCUAUGGAGGAGGACGACUCACCGGCCUCUGUUAACUCCAGUUGCUCAGGGCUAUUCUCCAAUCUCCGCUCGGUCAGAGAUUCGAAGGCCAGAAUGGCCGUACUCCUGAACUGGCUCAUCGGCGAGAGGAGGUGCCCCUGCGCGUGGCUGGUGCUGGUGCUGACGGAGCAGUUCCGCACGGCGCCCGUGCCGGCCGCCACGCUGCGCCGCUGGGCCUACGAGAUCCACUCCACCUUCCUCGUGCCCAACGCGGUGCUCCAGCUGAACGGCAUCGACGAGCACAUGGCGAACGAAAUCGAGCACGUGCUGGUCUACGAGCACCAGAAGGAGGAGCUGGUGCGCAACGUGUUCCGCAAGGCGCGGCAGCGCGCCAAGGAGGAGCUGGGCGCGCAGCUGGGCGAGUUCCAGCUGAAGCGGCAGGUGGGGCUCGGCUCGCUGUACGGGCCCGAGGACGGCGUGCUGCAGCGCUGCGCCGCGGACAAGGCGCACGAGCAGCUGGUGGUGGAGCGGCUGCUGCUGGCCGCGCUGCGCCUCGCCCACGACGCGGCCGGCUGCUGCGCCGCGCACCGCGCGCCCGCCGCGCGCGCGCUGCACGCCGCGCUGCUGGCCGCCGCGCUCGCCCUCGGCUGCCGGUGCGUACUCCCUCCUGUUGACGUUCCCUUUAUAAGACCGACCGUGAUAGCCGCUUCCCUUCGCUCAUCAGGGCGGUCUGGGGCAGACUCU